AUGUUCGCUCUCAACCCUCCACAUACCAUCGACCUACUCGCUACACAGGAGACAGUCAGCCAGUCCAAGCGAGACAUUCAGGCAUUCCUGACUGAGGAGCUUAGGAAGGUUGCUACCUUGGCAAUCAAAGCUAAUGGGCUAUUCAUCUGGGCCUCGACGGUGAUAGAGUAUCUCCGUGCUGGUAAUCCGAGGGAACUUUUGGAGGAGAUUAUAAAGGAAGACCGUGUUACAGGCAUGGAUUCACUCUACACUACAGUCCUCCAAACCGCGUUUCCCAAUCCGAGGCCAACUCUGAUGGAGGACAUAAGAACAAUUCUGGGCGGACUGGCUGUCGCCAAAGAGACUUUAGACAUGAAAACGUUAGCGAAUCUCCUCGCAAUGGAUCCUUGGACGGUCGAACACAUCUGUGGCGCGCUACGACCGGUGCUGGAAUUCGACGGAGGACUUCGGUUCCGCCACCAGUCAUUUGUCGACUUUUUUUUAAACCCAAAUACGACAUAUUUGGUCCCUGGAAUCACGAUAGACACCUCCCACCGGAUUCUUGCAGGCCAAUGUCUACGGAUCAUGAAGGAGGGGCUACGAUUCAAUAUCUGCGAGAUCUCGUCAUCCUAUUUGCUCAAUCAGGACAUUUUGAGCGGACUCUCAUCUAUUGAGACCUACAUUCCCCGCCAUUUACAGUAUGCGUCGCGGUAUUGGGUGGAUCAUUUGAAUCUUCCAAGUGAGGAAACGAUCACCCUCGUUCGAUAUGUUCUCAAGAUUCACUUCCUUUCGUGGCUUGAGGUCGCAAGUUUAUUACGGAUUGUGGACAGGGUACCGUCUAUGCUUACGGCGUUGGCCGCAUGGUUGAAGGAGAAUGAUAUUGUCGAGUUGAUAUCGCUCGCAGAGGACAUGCGCCAGUUCACGGUGCACUUCAUUGAGGUGAUCUCACAAAGCGUGGCGGGCAUCUACCUGUCGGCUUUACCAUUAUCGCCUGCGGUUUCGAAGGUGCAUCAACAAUACAGAUAUCAAUACCCCAACACAUUAUUCGUCCACUCAGGUGGAUAUCAACGGUGGUCACCACUCCUUUUCAUACUCCGCGGGCAUACCGGGAGUGUGAAUGCAGUUGCGUUCUCUCCAGAUGGGCGGCGCGUUGUCUCUGGAUCUGAUGACCGAACGGUGCGUCUGUGGGAUGUAGAAACGGGCGCACAGAUUGGAUCCCCGCUUGAAGGACAUACACAUUAUGUCCGCUCGGUUGCAUUCUCGCCAGACGGCCAGCGCAUUGUCUCUGGAUCUGAAGACGGAACGGUGCGUCUGUGUGAUGUAGAAACGGGCGCACAGAUUGGAUCCCCGCUUGAAGGACAUACAGAUUAUGUCCGCUCGGUUGCAUUCUCGCCAGACGGCCAGCGCAUUGUCUCUGGAUCUGCUGACCGAACGGUGCGACAUACCGGGAGUAUGAAUGCCGUUGCAUUCUCGCCAGACGGCCAGCGCAUUGUCUCUGGAUCUGAUGACCGAACGGUGCGUCUGUGGGAUGUAGAAACGGGCGCACAGAUUGGAUCCCCGCUUGAAGGACAUACAGAUUAUGUCCGCUCGGUUGCAUUCUCGCCAGACGGCCAGCGCAUUGUCUCUGGAUCUGAAGACCGAACGGUGCGUCUGUGGGAUGUAGAAACGGGCGCACAGAUUGGAUCCCCGCUUGAAGGACAUACAGAUUAUGUCCGCUCGGUUGCAUUCUCGCCAGACGGCCAGCGCAUUGUCUCUGGAUCUUCUGACCGAACGGUGCGUCUGUGGGAUGUAGAAACGGGCGCACAGAUUGGAUCCCCGCUUGAAGGACAUACAGAUUAUGUCUGGUCGGUUGCAUUCUCGCCAGACGGCCAGCGCAUUGUCUCUGGAUCUGAUGACCGAACGGUGCGUCUGUGGGAUGUAGAAACGGGCGCACAGAUUGGAUCCCCGCUUGAAGGACAUACAGACUGGGUUAUGUCGGUUGCAUUCUCGCCAGACGGCCAGCGCAUUGUCUCUGGAUCUUCUGACCGAACGGUGCGUCUGUGGGAUGUAGAAACGGGCGCACAGAUUGGAUCCCCGCUUGAAGGACAUACAGGCUUGGUUAUGUCGGUUGCAUUCUCGCCAGACGGCCAGCGCAUUGUCUCUGGAUCUUCUGACCGAACGGUGCGUCUGUGGGAUGUAGAAACGGGCGCACAGAUUGGAUCCCCGCUUGAAGGACAUACAGAUUAUGUCUGGUCGGUUGCAUUCUCGCCAGACGGCCAGCGCAUUGUCUCUGGAUCUGAUGACCGAACGGUGCGUCUGUGGGAUGUAGAAACGGGCGCACAGAUUGGAUCCCCGCUUGAAGGACAUACAGGCUUGGUUAUGUCGGUUGCAUUCUCGCCAGACGGCCAGCGCAUUGUCUCUGGAUCUUUUGACCGAACGGUGCGUCUGUGGGAUGUAGAAACGGGCGCACAGAUUGGAUCCCCGCUUGAAGGACAUACAGAUUAUGUCCGCUCGGUUGCAUUCUCGCCAGACGGCCAGCGCAUUGUCUCUGGAUCUGAAGACGGAACGGUGCGUCUGUGGGAUGUAGAAACGGGCGCACAGAUUGGAUCCCCGCUUGAAGGACAUACAGGCUUGGUUAUGUCGGUUGCAUUCUCGCCAGACGGCCAGCGCAUUGUCUCUGGAUCUUAUGACCGAACGGUGCGUCUGUGGGAUGUAGAAACGGGCGCACAGAUUGGAUCCCCGCUUGAAGGACAUACAGGCUGGGUUAUGUCGGUUGCAUUCUCGCCAGACGGCCAGCGCAUUGUCUCUGGAUCUGAUGACCGAACGGUGCGUCUGUGGGAUGUAGAAACGGGCGCACAGAUUGGAUCCCCGCUUGAAGGACAUACAGGCUUGGUUAUGUCGGUUGCAUUCUCGCCAGACGGCCAGCGCAUUGUCUCUGGAUCUGAUGACCGAACGGUGCGUCUGUGGGAUGUAGAAACGGGCGCACAGAUUGGAUCCCCGCUUGAAGGACACACGACUCCGGUUUACUCAGCCGCAUUCUCGCCAGAUCGCCAGCACAUUGCUUCCGGAUCUGAAGACCGAACUAUACGCAUAACGAAUACCAGCGCCACAGAAGAUAGUUACUGCCGGGUGGGCGACGAUGGAUGGUUUGUCCAGCAUCUAGCCAGCGACUCUUUGGGUACCGCUCCUCCGUUUCGUGCUGGGAUCGAGCGGCCAGGAGUUGGCAUCAUGGGUCAAGUCCAGAGGCUGGGUGUCGAUACAACUCAAUUUGUGCACGGAGAAGAAUGGACACGGGUGAAGGAAGGUGGAAAGAUGCCUGAAGAUCUGAAGGAUGGGUAG